UAUAAAAAAAUCGCGCGCGCACGUAUCGUUUUCGAAUUAUAAUUAUUACAUUUUUUUUUCUUUUUUUUUUAAACUUAAACCGCCCAAUUUCCGGGUGUCCCGCGGUUUCAUCGAAAUUCCACAUCAUUGUCACCGACAUCGCGGGACAGUCAACUCGGUCCGCCGCAGCUUAGGUAUACUGUUUAAGUGCUUAAAUAUAAAAUAUUCACGUAUGCGUACGCUGUACGCCUAUUCGGUAUUACACGCUAUCCAUAUAGUCACCAGCCGUGUAUUUACACCGUACGUUGUACGGAAUUCAUAGUUGAUGCGACACGACAUUAUAACGUUCGAAAAACUUAUUCGUUUCACUGCCGAGUCGAGCACGCGUGUGCACGGGAGAACGCAACAAAAGCACAAUCGCGCACAUACGCGGAUAUAAGCACACACGCAAACACACAUUUCCACAAAUACACACAAUAUAUUGGAUUCCGCGGGUCACGUACAUAAUAAAAACGAUCGCUGUUUCGUCACACGACACGUGUGACUGCGUGCAGGUUACACGCACGUGAUCACGCCGCGCGUUCUCCGACUUGCACUGGCAGCUAUGCGCGGAAUACGCCCGGCAUAGGUAUUUAGGCGUAUACGCUGUUCGUAAAGGUAUAAACCUUGCACCUAAGCCUAUAUACUGCCCGUCGUUGUCACACCGUGCAAGACCACUGCAGUUACCGUGAUAUUGUUCAUCCGCACCGUUCGUCAUUAUGUCGCCGUCACAUACAUUCAGUGCACUUUUGCCAUUCACUACGGUCUAGAAGUCACGCAACGAGGGUGCAGAUUCAUUCAAACCAUUGGGGAAACAUAGAGGGCGACAUAGGUGAAAUAGAGGCUCGAUCAAGUACGAUGUUGUUUGCAUUUUGAUACGGCUAAGACAUAGAGCAGAGAGACCACCGCCGUGAGCGAGAGGGUGAAUAGCCGCAUCAACCGACGAACGACCACAGAUUUCUGUACGAAGCCAAUGUAAACGCCUAAUCGUGGACUCCCAACUUCAGUCAAGUUAUUUUUCAAACAGGUUGCACUGUUUCUUGCCUGCUAUCACUCUGGCCAGCGUCCAAGGGUGCCCGACCCCGACAGCCGGACCCGGGCUGAGUUGGUGGACGAUGAUGAACGGCGGCCUGUACGAGGACAGCCCGCCGGCGCCACCGCCUCCGUCGUCCGUGUCGCUGCAGCCGCCGUCGGUGGAUAUCGCGCGCGCCGCGCCGGCGGCCGUCAUCAAGACGUCGCCGUCGUCCACGCCGAUCACGUCCUCCGUAACGCCGCCGCCACAGCAACAGCAACAGCAGCCGCCGCCUCUGUUACACAUACCGGCCAAACGGUUACAAUCGCAUUCCAUCGGAGGCGGUGGAGGCGGCGGUGGCGGUUACGAUUGCAUGGACACUGCCGCCGGUUCGGCGGGCGUCAUCAGACAUUCGCAUCACCAGUGGAACGCGUACUCGCCCGCCGUGGUCGACCACGCCGCGUUCGACCAGUACGCCGCGCCGCCUCAUCACCACCACCACCAUCAACCGGCCGCGCCGACCUACUACAACUUGGCCGCGGACGCUAGCGGCGGCCACCAUCACCACCAUCACCACCAUCACCGGACGUCCAUGGACGGCGGCAGUGGAGGCGGCAGCGGCGGCCGCAAACCGCCAACGGGCCUUCCGUUCUGGUCGCCCGCGGCCACCGACUAUUGCGGAGCCGGUCUAGGCGGCGGUAGCGGCAGCGGCGGCGGUCUCGCCAGUAAAUACACCAACGGCGGCGUGACGCCGUGCAGCAGUUCCGCCGGACCGCCGUCCGCCGCCGACCACCAUCACCAGUUCUCGCAGUCCUGGUGCACCAACUACUCGCCGUACACCACCACCACGUCCUCAUCGUCUUCGUCGUCCGUGGCCGCGGCAGCCGCGGCCGCAGCCGCAGCCGCCGCUUCGGCGUCCCGACACCCGUCCGGCGGCGGUGGCCCGGCCGACACGCCGCAGCCGACGUACCUGCAGUCCGGCAGUCCCGGCGACGACCGGGGCGGAAACAACUCGUCGCGCAUGACGUCCGGCUCGGCCGACGGUCCGGCCGCGGGCCCGUUCAGCCACGACAACGCGUACCAGCCGCCGCCGCCGCCGCCUCCGUCGUCGUUGCCGCUCAGGAACUACGGAAGCUCGCACGAUCCCGUCUCGUCGACGCCUUACCCGCCAACAGGUUCGUUGUCGAGCAUUGGGAUGGGUGUCGGAUCUAACCCGCUGGAGUGGACAGGUCAGGUGACCGUGCGCAAGAAGAGAAAACCGUACUCGAAGUUCCAAACACUGGAGCUGGAAAAGGAGUUUCUGUUCAACGCGUACGUGUCCAAACAGAAGCGCUGGGAGCUGGCCCGGAACCUGGCGCUGUCCGAACGCCAGGUGAAAAUAUGGUUCCAGAACAGGCGCAUGAAGAACAAGAAGAACAGCCAGCGGCAGGCCGUGCAACAGCAGCAACAGCAACAGCAGCAACAACAGCAGCAGUCCAACAACAACAACAACAGCAACGGUAGCGCCAACGCCAAUCACCAACAUCACAUGCAAGUCAUCGGCGGCCACCACGGCAAUGGGCCCAUCAAACACCAUCAGUGACCGUUGCAUUACUCUGGAGCCGCCGUCACCGCCGCCCAUCCAUCGAUGCACAUGCACCACGUACACCAUCAACUACAACCGCUACCCCCGCCGCCGCCACAUCACCUCCACCAUCAUUACCCUUUGCAAUCCGUCUGAAUGCUAACAUCGUAAGUCCGAGUACGGCGUAAGUUUUAAUCUAUUUACAUGACAUACAACACAUGUUCACGGGGGAAGAGAUCGAUUUUUUCGUUUUUUUAUGGCGAAACGCAACAGACACUUUUUUUUACGUCUAUUUUUGUCUCCAAACAGACAUUUUGACAUGUACUUUGAGAGUGGCCUGAAAUUCUCGUGUAUGAGCUUACAGCAGUUAUUGGUAUAAUGUUUACCGAUGAAUUUCGAAAUCAGAUUUGGCCACGAUAAUAACACCAAUGAGAUUGUCUUUCGUUACGCCGUUCCACACGAACAAAUAUCUGCGCCGCCCGUUUACCGUAAAACUCGUACUCUGGCUAUUCAUAUAUGCAUUCACACAUGGAUACUUUAUUUUAAAUUCAUAGUUCUUCCAAAUCGGACGAGCUCUGUCUCUUAUUCCGUAUCUCGCUCAAACACAAAAUAAUAUAAUUCAGUCGUAGAUCAACCGAAAAAAUAAAAAUCAUCACUUGAAAACAGAUUAGUAUUUGAAAUUCAAAAACGGUAGGGAAAACGUGGUAUAAGUACGUCAUAUAUUUUAAUCGAAUAAACGGUUAAUAAUAUUAUUAUUAACGUAUUUAGGGGUACAUCUUUAAAAAUACAU